AUGUCCGCGAGCGAUCGCGCGACGGUGGACGCGGAGACGCUUCGUCACGAGGAGAUCGUCGCUCGCGCGCCGUGUGACGUCGAGGCGUGGACGCGAUACGUCGACGCGUUGCCGAGAGCGAGUGCGAGUGAUGACGACGCGCACGAUUCGCUCUGCGCGCGUUUCCUGACGUACGAGCGAGGGAUACGACACAACCCUGGGAGUUAUAAACUGUGGUACUUUUAUCUCGUCGAACGCGUCGAACGUGGACGGGGAUGGCGAUGCGACGACGCGCGACACGCGGGGACGGAGGCGGCGUUCGAGCGCGCGUUGACGACGAUGCACAAAAUGCCAAAGGUGUGGGAACUGUACAUCACGUACCUGAUGACGCUGAGAUACGUGACGAAGACGCGGCGCGCGUGUGAUCGAGCGUUACAAGCGUUGCCGGUGACGCAACACGAGCGCGUGUGGACGCUGUAUCUGCGAUUCAUACGGAGCGACGCGCGCGUGCCGGGAGACACCGCUCGACGGGUGUAUCGAAGGUACUUGAAGUUUGAACCGGGUCACGCCGAGGAGUACGUGGAGUUCUUGCGAAAGCGCGGGUAUCACGGCGAGGUGGCGACCAAGCUCGCGGAGCUCGUGAACGAUGACUCGUUCCAAUCGCUCGCGGGGAAGACCAAGCACGCGAUGUGGCUCGAGCUGUGCGACGUCGUGACGAAGAAUCCCGCAGCUGGGGCUGGGGUUUUGGACGUGGACGCCAUCUUGCGCGGCGGCAUCGCCGCCUUCACGGACGAGGUCGGGCGCCUGUGGACCGCGCUCGCGGAUUAUUACAUCAGAAGAGGUUUGUUUGAAAAGGCUCGAGACGUGUACGAGGAGGCGAUGGAGCGCGUGCGCACGGUGCGAGACUUCUCGCUCGUGUUCGACGCGUACGCCCAGUUCGAGGAGAGCGUGAUCUCGGCCAAGAUGGAGAACGGCGAGGGCAUGGAUGAGGACGACGAAGGUGAAGACGAGGGGUCGGACGCGGCGGAAAACUUUGCGAUUCGCGACUUGCUGGCGACGUCCGCCUCGGUCGCGCCGUCCUCGGAUUUAGAGCUUCGUCUCGCCAGGCUCGAGCAUCUCAUGGAACGCAGACCGAUUCUUCUGUCGUCCGUCAUGCUUCGACAGAAUCCGCACAACGUCUUGGAAUGGGAAAAGCGCGUGCAGCUGUACGAGGGCGACCCGAUGAAGCAAAUCGUGACGUUUACCGACGCCAUCAAAACGGUGGACCCGAUGUGCGCGACUGGGCGCGUCUCCAACUUGUGGAUCGAGUUCGCAAAGUUUUACGAGACGCACGGCGACGCGGAAUCGGCGAAAACGAUUUUCGAAAAGGCUUGCGAAACCGCCGACUUUAAAACCGUCGACGAUCUCGCUCGGUGCUGGACCGAGUACGCCGAGUUUUGCCUGAGACAAGACGCGUACGACGACGCCCUGGCGGUGAUGCGUCGAGCGACGACGGCGCCCGCGCACGCUCGACGAGCGCAGACGUCGGAGGAGUACGCCGCGCUCACUGUGCGGGAGAAGGCGUACAAGUCGCUCAAGUUGUGGACGCUGUACGUCGACCUCGAGGAGUCGUUGGGAACGCUCGAGUCGACGAAAAAGGUGUACGAAUCGAUGAUUGCUCUCAAGGUGGCGACGCCGCAAAUCAUCUUGAACUACGCGCAUUUGCUCCAGGAGAAGAACUUUUUCGAGGACGCGUUUCAAAUUUACGAAAAGGGCGUCAGCGCGUUCAAGUUUCCCUAUUCGAAAGAGAUUUGGAGCGCCUAUCUCACGCAAUUCGUCGCCCGGUUCAAGGGAACCAAGCUCGAGCGCGCGCGGGAUUUGUUCGAGCAGUGUCUCGAGCACGCUCCCCCCAAGCACGCGAAGGAGUUCUUCAUGGCGUACGCCAAACUCGAGGAAGAGUUUGGUUUGGGCAAGCGCGCGAUGGACGUGUACGAUCGCGCGUGCAGGACGGUGCCCGUCGACGAGCGACUGUCCGUGUACGACGUGUACGUCAAUCGCGCGAUGGAAUUCUUCGGCGUCGCGAAAGUUCGCGACGUCUUCACGCGCGCGGCUGAGGAUGACGAGCUCCCCGCGAAUGUCGCGAAGACGCUCGCGGUGCGCUUCGCCGAGUUUGAGCGCAAACUCGGCGAACUCGAUCGCGCGCGAGCGCUGUACGCGCACGCGUCGCAGUUUAGCGAUCCAACAAAGGAUGCCGAGUUCUGGUCCACCUGGCACGAGUUUGAAGUCAGACACGGGAACGAAGAGACGUUUCGUGAGAUGCUACGCGUGAAGCGCGCCGUCGCGGCGAGCUUCUCGGACACGCACUACAACGUCUCCGUCGUCGCGCCGGAUGUGGACGCCGUCGCGGCGGAUCAAGUCGUGCCGCCGGCGAACGCGAUGGCGGCGCUCGAUCGCGAGCACGAGGCGCGCGCGGUAGCCGCGUCUGGCGUCGCCGUUCACGGUUUCGUUCGCUCGCACGUCGAGGGCGCUUCCGAGCCGAACGCGAAUGAAGCCGCGGCCGCCGGCGACGACGCCGAGAUUGAUUUGGACGACGUGCUCGGCGGCGCGAGCGUUCCGUCGGCGGUGUUCGAGGGGGCGGGCGCGAAACGCACCGCGGAGGACGCGAGUCUCGGCGCGAUGGAGCGGUUCAAGCGCGCAAGGGAGGAACAAUAG